AUGAAGGUGAUCAGCCAAGUAGCAACGCUCUUUUUCGUCGCGGCACCGAUUGUGGCCCAGACAAGCUCAGAGUCGUUUCUUUACUCGAUCCUACCAACUGAUUCAUUGACUCCUCUGCCUACUCCGGUGCCGCUUCCUACCGUGGUGGAAGAUGGGUGUCCCACGGCAACAGAGCUAUCACUGUGUCCUAGUUGCACCGGGGAGGCACCGCAAUGCGUGACCGUGUCGACUCUGACGCAGUCAUGCGGCUGCCCCAGUGCAGCGGCAACAGAGACCUUCACAUUUGGUUGCGACAAGAGUGCCUGCCCUAGGGUGGGCUGCAGCACCAGCUACACCAUUGUCUCUGGCGAGGAGGCAUGCACUGGUAGUGUAAGCGUGUCUGCCACAGCCGCGACGACCGACGUGGUUACGGUCACGACGACGAACCAAGCGACUACGGCCGCUACUGGCUCCCAAGCCAGCACGGCAUUAGGUGCUUCGGGCUCUUCGGCUUCUGCUAGUGCGACGCCGAAUGCGGCUGGAAGACUGGCAAUUCCAUCCAAGUUUUGGUGA